UAAAUAUUUUUUAUUAUUAUUAUUAUCCUCUUAUUAAACAUGGUUUCUAAUAAACAAGUCAUCUUUACCAAGGUUCCUAAAACCUUCCCCGUUGCUGAUGAGCAUAUGAAAAUUCGAGAAUCAACAAUUGAUUUGGACGCAGAGCUUCCUAAGGGUAACUUUAUUCUUAAAACUCUUGAAAUUUCUGUUGAUCCAUAUAUGAGAGGACGUAUGCGUGAUGCGUCUAUUAAAUCUUAUGCUCCUGCUUUCCCUAUGGAUAAGCCUAUGACGGGUGAUACUAUGUCAGUUGUUGUAAAGUCUAAUAAUCCCGAUUACAAGGUAGGUGAUCUUGUCUAUGGUCGUACCGGUCUUGGUCUCUUUGAAGAAUACGUCCAAGUUACUGCUGAAUAUGCCAAGAUGGCAUACGUAGUUCGUAAUGAUGCUAAAUCAAAUGGUUUACCUCUUAGUCAUUAUGUGGGUGUCCUUGCUAUGCCUGGUUUGACAGCUUAUUAUGGUCUUCACGAAAUCGGUAAACCCAAGAAAGGUGACACGCUCUAUGUCUCUGCUGCCUCUGGUGCUGUUGGUCAAUUAGUAGGUCAGUUUGGUAAAGCCGCGGGUUGUUACGUUGUUGGUUCCGCUGGUAGUGACGAUAAAGUCGAAUACUUGAAAUCAAUUGGUUUUGAUGAUGCCUUCAACUAUAAAAGUGGGGAUAUUGAAGAACUCUUGAGGAAGCAUUGCCCUAAGGGUAUUGAUAUUUACUUUGAAGGUGUCGGGGGUAAAAUGUUGGAUGCUGUCUUGGCUGUCGCUAAUAACUUUGCUCGUAUUAUCGCCUGUGGUAUGAUCUCUCAAUAUAACCGUGAAAAGCCUGAACCAAUUUAUAACAUCAUAAACAUUAUUACCAAGAGAAUCAAGUUUGAUGGCUUUGUCAUUAUGGAUCAUAUGGACUAUGAACAAAAAUUCUUAGAGGAAGUCACACCUAUGUUGGUGAGUGGUAAAGUAAAGUAUCGUGAAGAUAUCUCUCAAGGCAUCGAUAAGGUUCCUGAAGCCUUGGUUGGUGUUCUUCGUGGUGAAAACUUUGGUAAGAAGAUUGUCCACAUUGCUGACUUGUAAAUAUUAUGUACAAAGAUAUAUGUAUAUUUGUUUUUUUUUUAAUAAAAAAAAAACCAACAACACAAGUAUUAUAAUUUAUAUCUUUGUAGUUGUAAAAAGUACAUUUGACGCGUAUUACUUGUAAAA